GAGGUAACAGUGGUUGUGAUUAUAAUCAGUGUCGCGAAAACAGAUCGAUAAACCUUUGAUAUUUUAUUUAUAAAUAUAUAUACUUAGUAGGAUACUUACAGUGCGUGUAUUACCACUUUCCCUCGGUGAUUUUACUUGUUUGCUCGUUAACUACCAUUUUUACUUUUUACAACAACUUGUAGCGCGAGUUCAUUUUGUUAAAUCUAUUUUUGAUUAUCGAGGAAACUAAUGCAGUUGUGAUUUACUCAGUGAUUAUUUGUUGAUAAAACUUGUUGGUAUCUAUUUUUAAUCUGUGGACACUUUUAUUCCCGUCUGGUCUUACUGCUUUGUUUGCCACCAGAGUAAUAACAUCGCAACUUCAAGGAUGCCGUGGGCGAUCGGGCUUGAAGAUUCCCGUCACACUUGAGGGCCCAGGAGUUGAAACCUCCAACCAACCAACCAACCAACAAACAAACCACCAUCCACCACAACCCAAAACCAACUUACAUAUCAGGUGCUCGAAAGGCAAGGCCGGUCCAAGGAUAUGGACCUCACGGAGGCGUUCCCUGGCGGAAGCGACGCCGCGGACGAUCUCGGAAAGACCGACUUCUUCGACUUUGUGGUAUCUCCGCUCUCAGCAGCGCCAUCGCACUGCAGCGGAACCAUCGACGACGACACCGUAAACUAUCUCCAGCACCGCCAGUCCCGUCGGAUGUACCUCCAAGACGGCAGAAGAGAUGACGACGGCCGAGAAAUCCACUCGACGUCAACCUCCUUCAUCAAGCAGGAGACAAACAACAAUACUUUAACAGCUCUCCCUCCAGUUUCCACCAUCACCGGCUCGCUGAACCACCAUGUUCGGAACCACUGCAUCCAGAGCAGCGAGAUUCCCAUGGAGGCCGACUGCGAUUACUGGGGAACCAGCGACGACGUCAAAGACGGCCAGCAAACCUGCAAUAUUCUCCUAGAAGACCUGAACAAAUAUUGUUGGACCACUCAUGCUAACCCUCAGUGCCGCGACGAUGUUAAUGACACCGAGGGUCACCACCAGAACCCUCACCACAGAGUUUCCGUCGGGAAUGACCGACACCAAAACACGGAUGGCGCCAUUUACACGCUCACCGUGCUAAAUAACGAAACUAACUCUAUGGACGGUCUUGAUUGUUGCAAGAGUCCUGUAGCUUCCAACAACGAUUCUUGGACUCUCCGGCCUAAUUUAGACCUGGACGCAAUUCUUAACCUUGAGUCAAGUCACCCUGAUGCAGAUUCCGUCCACGAUGUCCAGAAUUCUGCGGAAAUUGCCAGGAAUAACGAAAGGUAUCAUAUUAUUUCUACGACGCCUUCUUCCCAAUACGCUACUGAUGACAGCGGCUUCGUCGAAAGUAAGGAACUCUGUCGGCAGAAUAAUAACAAUAACAAUACAAAUAAUAAUAAUAAUAAUAACAAUAAUAAUACAAGUAAUAAUAACAAUAAUGAUAAUACAAAUAAUAAUAAUACUAACGCAGGAGACAACAACAACGAUUGGAAGCUGUCUGAUCAGAAUCAUCUCCAAGAAGUUAGCGGCGAUUCUGCGGAAAGUCUGCUGAGGAACGCGCUCCAGGGUAAAUUGUACUCGGGACCGACGCAAAUAACUCUAGCAUCUUCGACGAAAUCCACGGGGAUUGCAGUGUCGCUGUCGACGGGUUCUAAUGCGCAGAUAAAACAGGAACCCCAGGAUGAGUCGAUGCAUGGGUGUACUGAGGAAGAUUUGCUGUUGUCUCAAUUGGAGACGACAACUUACCGUCCGGGGGACUAUGAGAAGCUUAAGAGUAUUGCUAAUGAGGUGGUGGAGAAUUAUUGUAACCUAGAACCAGUUUGCAGUGUUUCGGGAACGACUACGUUGAUGUACACGCUGGAUCCUACCAGUGGAAGCUUGGGAACGAUUACUCUCCCGGCGGAACUGGGACAGGUUGGAACGGUUACUGUGGUGACUGCAGCGCCACAGGAACUGAUAGAUCAGACUACAGCUAGGUCUGAUGACUCUGCUGGUCAGAUCCAGGUGGUGGCUGUUAAUAACAGGCCGAUGAUUAGUAAUUCGACGACUGCUGCUAAACCGGCGAAGAAAUACUCGAGGAAGAACAACAGGAACGCCGCGAACGCUAACAGCGCAGCCGCGGGAGCUAAUGGUAGUGUUGACAGUGGGAACCAGAGUGCGCCUGGGAGCUCGCCCAGUGCUACGGUUCAGAGGAAAGAGAGGUCGCUUCAUUACUGUAACAUUUGCCAUAAGGGUUUCAAGGAUAAAUAUAGCGUUAAUGUUCAUAUCAGGACUCACACUGGAGAGAAACCCUUCGCUUGUUCGCUCUGUGGAAAGAGUUUCAGGCAGAAAGCUCAUCUUGCUAAACACUACCAGACUCAUGUCACUCAGAAGCCUAAUGUGGGUAAUGGCUGCACGACUUCUGGGUCUAAUUCUUCUAAUUCGACUAGGGGGAGCCAUGGUAAUGAUACUGCGGUUUGCAGCCCUUCUAGCUAGUUUUUUAGGACAAUUUUUUUUGUUAAGCAUUUUUGUUUUUUAUUUAUGAAUUGUUUUAAGAAGGUUUAAGCUGUCAUGACUCAGUCAAUGCUCUCUAUUUUUUAUUGUGAGGACUGGGCUAAAGAGUGGAAAAUUAGUUUUGUGGUUUUUUAUUUGGAUUUAAUUUUUUUGGAGGGAUAAUUU